GCGCCACGUUUUGCGUGUGGCAGACUGAGGUAAGCGCGUUCCCAAAUUUCUGAACGCGCAUGCCCAGCUUCUCAGCCUUGAUCGCAACCCAUCCGCCGACGAAGUAGUUGUCUUUGCGCCUCAUUAACGAACAUCAAUACGGCACCACCUCCACUCCAUUAGAAUAGUCAAUCGCCAACGCGCAAUUCACGCCCUUCGUGACCCGAACUGAUCAGUAAAUUAUUUUCAAGAUGGCUGCGCCCGUCAUGACCGUCUCCGAGAGCAAGGAGCUUAGAGGGCUCAAUCUCAUUGCAGCCCACUCCCAUAUCCGCGGCCUUGGUGUUGACAGCACAACAUUAGAACCCAGAGCGUCGUCGCAGGGUCUGGUUGGACAGGAGAAGGCCAGAAAAGCCGCCGCCGUUAUCCUGCAGAUGAUCAAGGAGAGCAAGAUUGCUGGAAGAGCCGUGCUGAUUGCCGGCCCCCCCAGCACCGGCAAGACAGCCAUCGCAAUGGGUAUGGCUCAGUCCCUUGGACCCGACGUCCCAUUCACCUCCCUCGCGUCCUCCGAAAUCUUCUCACUCGAAAUGUCCAAGACCGAAGCCCUGACACAAGCCUUCCGAAAAUCGAUUGGUGUGCGCAUCAAGGAGGAGAGCGAAAUCAUGGAGGGCGAGGUCGUUGAGAUUCAGAUCGACCGGAGCGUGACCGGCGGCGCCAAGCAGGGAAAGCUGACGAUCAAAACAACUGACAUGGAGGCCGUCUACGACAUGGGCGCUAAGAUGAUCGAUGCCAUGACCAAGGAGCGCGUCAUGGCCGGCGAUAUCAUUUCCAUCGACAAGUCUUCUGGCAAGAUCACAAAGCUCGGCCGAUCAUACGCGCGCUCGCGCGAUUACGAUGCCAUGGGCGUCGACACCAAGUUCCUGCAGUGCCCCGAUGGUGAGCUGCAGAAGCGCAAGGAGGUAGUCCACACCGUCACGCUGCACGAGAUCGAUGUCAUCAACUCGAGGACACAAGGUUUCUUGGCGCUGUUCUCCGGAGAUACUGGAGAGAUCCGCAGCGAGAUCCGCGACCAGAUCAACACCAAGGUCGGAGAGUGGAAGGAGGAGGGCAAGGCCGAGAUUGUUCCUGGUGUUCUGUUCAUCGACGAGGUUCACAUGCUCGACAUUGAGUGCUUCUCAUACAUCAACCGUGCGCUGGAAGACGAUCUCGCGCCCAUCGUCAUCAUGGCCAGCAACAGGGGCAACUCUCGUAUCCGCGGAACAGACUACCGUAGCCCUCAUGGCCUGCCCCUCGACUUCCUUGACCGUGUCGUGAUCAUCCACACCAACACAUACAGCCAGGACGAGAUCAAGCAGAUCCUUACCAUCAGAGCCCAAGAGGAGGAGGUCGACGUCUCGCCCGACGCCCUGGCGCUUCUUACUAAGAUUGGACAGGAAGCAGGUCUGCGCUACGCCAGCAACCUCAUCACGACGUCCCAGCUGAUCUGCGCCAAGCGCAGAGCCAAGACUGUUGAGAUCGCCGAUGUCCAGAGAAGCUUCUCGCUCUUCUAUGACCCAGCCCGCAGCGUCAAGUUCAUUUCCGAUUCGGAGAAGCGCUUGAUUGGCAACGAUGGUGCCGUUGACUUUACCGUCACAAAUGGUCACGGCGAUGCGAUGGAGUUGAGCUGAGCGUGGUAAAAAGGUAUUUGAGUUGGGCGUUUCUUUUGGGCAGAAAAUUAGGUGGCCACCCCUGGGACUCUGUGAUAGAUUAUGUACCAUAAACUGUUUUGUAUGGUAGCAUCGCGACGAUGCCAGGAAACGGCAAGGCUCUUUGAUUCA